AUGGCGGUACUAGAAGACGUCGCUACGCCUUUAGACUUUACGCCGCGGCUGGGCGCGCUGCUGCAGCGCGUGGCGGGCGCGGGCGCGGCGUGGGGCGCGCUGGCGGCGCUGGAGGCGUGGCUGCGCCUGCACCACAAGGCCGAGGACUCCAACCGCGACCUGCUGCUGGCCGAGGCGCCGCUGUCGCUGCUGGACAGCGCCAUCUGCUGGUGGGUCUUCGUGUCGCUGGCCACCACCAUGCGGACGCUGCAGCUGCGCAGAAAUGCGGUAAAGCUCGCUCUGUACAAACACUUCACGAACACUCUAAUAUUCGCGGUCGUCGCCUCCGUCAUCUUCAUGCUCUAUUCUCUCAAGUCGUAUCGAAUAAUAUUUUGUAUUUCAGAUUGGAAAGAAGUGUGGAUGGAUGAAGCCUACUGGCACAUAUUGUUUGUGGGUGUCCUAACAGUCAUUAUGGUAUUAUGGAGACCGACAAAUAAUAACCAGAGAUACGCUUUCACACCAUUGUUGGACAACGCUGAGGAUGAUGAGGAAGAAGAAGAACAAUUCGUAAACGACGCCUACGGGGUUAAAAUGCGAGCCACAAAUAUAAAUGAAACGCCCGACGUCCCUCGAGACCCAGAACCAAACACGACAUCUCUAGAUUCAGAUCUCCGAUGGGUUGAAGAGAACAUACCUACAAGCACACUACCGCUAUUAGACUCAGACGAAGAAAUAAUAAAUACGAAGUUCGAAGUAUCAAAGAUGCAGUAAUAAAAUAAUAGUAUUUGUUUAUAAAAGUGUCACUGUGAUUUACGUGUUUUUUAUUUAAUAAAGAUUUUCGUACGCUUAGUUAUGUGAA